UGAGCAUCUUCUUUCGUCAGCCGUGUAUACCUUUCGAGUUUCUCGAACGACAAAAGUACUCUUUAGAAAAUAAUGUACUAUUUUAAUGAAUAACAUGUUAGAAGCAGAUUGGGACACAGAAACCGUGUGGCCCGAUGUCUUCGUCAUCCGUUCCCGCCGUCCCCGCCGCUUGCGACACGCGGCACGAAAUGAUGAUAAUGAUGAUGAUGGUGAUGACGACAUUGAUGUUGAUGUUGAUGCUGUUGACGAUGUUCAUCGUGAUGACGAUGUUGGUGAUGACAACGGUGGUGAUGUUGAUCUGCACGACGAUGGUGCUGAUGAUGAUGACGAACGUCAUCAACAUCAUCAGCGGCAUCGUCGCCGUCAUAAAAAGCACCACCAUCGUCGUCUUCGUCAUCGUCGUCAUCAUCAACAGCAUCAUCAUCACCGUUAUCAUCGUCGUCAUCAUCUUCGUCAUCAUCAUCAUCAGCAUCAUCAUCAUCAUCGUCGUCGUCAGCAUUUGCAUCAUCAUCAUCAUCAUCAUCAUCAACAUCAUCGUCGUCAUCAACACGACGAUGACGGCGAUGAUGUCGAUGAUGAUGAUGAUGAUGAUGACGAAGAUGAUGACGACGACGAUGACGAUGAUGAUGAUGAUGAUGAUGAUGAUGAUGAUGACGAAGAUGAUGACGACGAUGAUAACGGUGAUGAUGAUGCUGUUGAUGAUGACGACGAUGACGAAGGCGACGAUGGUGGUGAUUUUUAUGACGGCGACGAUGUCGCUGAUGAUGUUGGUGAUGUUGAUGACGUUGACGAUGUUGAUGAUGAUGUUGUUGAUGAUGAUGAUGAUGAUGAUGAUGAUGAUGAUGAUGAUGAUGAUGAUGAUGACAAUGAUGAUGAUGUUGAUGAUGAUAAUGAGAAUGAUGAUCGUGGUGGUGAUGAUGGUGGAGUUGAUGAUGGCGAUGAUGAUGAUGAUGACGAUGAUGUUGGUGGUGAUGAUGAUGGUGAUGACGAUGGCGAUGAUGAUGAUGAUGAUGGCAAGCAAGAAUCAUGGGGCCCCUCGCGAGGAAAGAACGAGCGGGAAUCAAAGGGGCAUACAGAAACCAUAUGUGAACACCGACCAAAGAUGUCUUCUUCAAAGGGCGAGGUGGAGGCAACGGGGACCUCCGGGAAGACAUCCGGAAAAGAUUCCACGAGGAGGUCGUCUACUGCCACGAAAGGAUGGUCGAACCAUUCGAAGUCGAAAUGGUUCAUCGACAGGUGCUGUGGAGACGCUUCCAACCCCACUGCGCAGCCAUGUGGUCCUGUCAUCUUCGUCGAUGACGGCAGAAGGCGUCGAGUGCUUGGGGCCGUCUUGGGGUGGGAGGACGCGAAGGGGGGCCGGCGACAUUUCCGUAUGGAAAAGGUUUAUGGCUCCAAAGGCAACGUCGUUGCCAAUUCGAAAGGGGUGUUGUUGGACCUCGAAUUGUGUGAGAGGUUCGGAGCGGGUGCUGUGGACACCCCGUUCUACAGCGAACUCGUUCUCGUGGGUGGUUUUGUUUUGGCGCGUGAGUUUUUCGACAAGCUGGAGGACAAGAACAUCGUUCUCGACGUCCCCUGCGACGUCGGCCCCUCCCUGGAGCUCUCGUUGCCGUUCAGGCCGUGCGGCGGUUGCGAGUCAAGCGGGGCGGCGGCGGAGGGCGGUGAUCUGGGUUCUGGUCCGGCUAUUCAGCUGCACCGCGGCGAGAGCCGGGAACAGUUCGAGGAUAGCGAGGAGGAGGGGCCUGCAUCGUCGUUGAGGGACAGGCGGCGGUCGGUGUUGUCUAUUCUAGGGGUUGACAUUGGAGAUCCGGUUCGACGGGAGAGUGCGGAACUUACAGGAAAGGUGGCAGCCUCUUCGGAGGUCGACUUGGAGGCGAGCGAGGGCCAGAGUGUGGAUGAGGUGACCGCAGGCGGCCUGGGCAUGCAAGGCACUCCGCAAAAGAGGAGGGGGGAUCGCACAGACGAGUUCGUCGGUUCUUCGAAGAAGCUGAAGAGCAAGGCCCCCAGGAUUGCGGGAGAGAAACGAAAGGGGACCGAGGGGGAGGAGGGCCGGCAGGUUGCCAAACGACCUGCUUCGAGACAGAAGCAGCCUCCGUCUGGAACGUCUUCUCCACCGACGGAAAGGCCUCCAAUCGACGUCAAUGCCAGGUACUUCCUCGAGUACAAAGACGGCGUUCGGACAAAGAGGGAGUUCGAGGUUAGCCCUGCGCAGGUCGUCGACCUCGGAGAGUGGGAGGACCUGUACAACCAGCGGCCCUUGGAUCCCGUGCUCGUGGAAGGGAUCAAAGAAACGAUGCAGUUGGCAUUCGAAAACAAAGCGCAGUCUUACGAUUUGCCUACCCUGAAGCUAGCACCGCUGGGGCUUAAUAAACGGACUCCGGGGACCAAGGCAGAACGUUUGAGGCCAGAGGAAUGGAGGGAUGAGCUGGCGGGGCAAUACUACUACUACGCGGUGUGGUACUUCCUUGUCAGUUCCCAGGACAACAAGCAGGACCUGAAGGCGCCCCCGAGACAGCUGAAGUUGUCAAUGAAAGACAUUAGGUGGCAGUGGAAGCGCGACGGGUGCUUGUGUGCUGUUAUGGGAAACCCCAGCGGAAAACAGGCUCAGGUCCGAAAGUGGUGUGAAUUCCAUGAAGUCGCGCUCAAUAUGACGCCGCACAACAACUUGUGGACGCUGGCAGAUCAGAAGGGCGACGACGCCAUCAGGAAGCAAGGCGCUGCCCUGCGUUCCUAUUUCCCGUUGGCGAUGGCAGGGGAGAACGUAUGCAAACUGGCCGUCGACUUUUUCAAUAAAUGGGAUACUGGUAGAUUGCUCGGCCACGAUGGCGCAAAGUGGAUCAUGCGGAAGAAGAAGGUAAAAAAUGUGAAGCCCGGGGUUGCCUACGUCGAGAACGACAAGACGGGCAGGAAAGAGGUCGUGUACAACGUCCCUAUGGACCCGCCGACAAAGAAAGGCAAAAAGAAGAAAGAGGAGGGCGACUGGUUCGUACAAGUGCCUGAGCCAGACGCACAUUGUUGGAAAUCGAUGGAGUCGCUGACCGACAACAAGAAGUGUCGCGUCCUGAAGAAGGUUCUGGAUUGCGAGGUGGUUUGGGUCCAGGCCGGCUCUGCGGCGUUGGCGAAGCUCGGGAAGCUGAGCGUCCAGGACAUGGUUCAUUUGGUGAAGUGCGACCGGGUGCUGUCGCUGUACUUCGUGGAGUCGGAGGAGGAGUUGACGUUCGGCAGUUACUCCUCCUUGAUCUCCACGGAAGACGAGGAGACCACCGACAUCGAGUUCGACGUGACCUCGAACGAGGAGGGCAGCGACACCGAAAGCCUCGACCUGCAGUACGACCCGCAUCCCGGGCAGCAUUCAACAGGGUCGUCCUUCGCAGGUCGGUCAACAAGCCCGACAUCCCUCGUGUCACCGAUGGCGAAAGCGGCGCCUGGCACUACCCCGAUGAAGUUGCUGCAGAGAAUGCAAGCUCUGGCCUCCGGCCAUCGCUCACUGCGUCCCGGGUCUGACAUCCCGGCCGAUCAUCUGUCUUGGAAGGAUGCCAACAUUCACUUCCUGCCUGAGCCUCAAAGUCGUUCCACGGAGGCGCAUUGGGGCCAUGACAUGAUCUGGCAUCCAGGAGUCAUCCAGCCGGCGAUUCAAAAGGGUGAGUGGAUCGUGGCCAUCGUUGUCCCGGACGAAGGAUGGGUGCCCCUCCCUCGCGGGUCGAAGUCUGACUUCCUCGAUGUCGCUAGAAUUGCGGUCCUCCAGAAAGUGAGGGCCGAGAAUGACUCUUUCGCACCCGAAGAUGUGUCCGUCAUUUCCACAGUCGGGCGAUUGUUCGCCAAACUUCAGGACAAGUGCUGGUUGGAGCUGACGGAGGACUACUACGACCUCGAUAGGAGCCCCUCGAAGGGAAGGGUGGACUGGAAAAUCCCCCCUCCCAGUGGGACGCAUUCUACCGGUCCCGGUCCGGCAAGCUCGGCACAGUCAGCGGACGUGCCCACUUCAUCCGCCGGCUCGGUGAUGGCGGCCUUGGUUGCUCUCCGUGCUGGCUCAGUCCAAACGUUCAAGUCCGUCGGGAUCCGAACUUCAAUGCUUGCAGAGCGGACGAAGAGGACGGACCCGCAGAGCUUGUCAGGGGCGGGGGUGGCGAGUCGUGAUCCCAAAAUGGACAGCGGUGCGGUGAGGGACGGGACUGCGCCGCCUGCGGGGGACCGCCAACCGCUUCGGUCGGAGCGAGAGGGUACGUGUGGAGGGCCCGGCGACAGGGAGACGGCGAAGUUCGUCGGGAUCCGAACUUCUUCAGGCAAGGGGGGCCAACCAGAGAUUGUCGUGCCGCCGGGAGGGGCUGCGUGCGGCGAGCGGGAAGGGCAUUCGUCGAAAUUCGACACGGGUUCGGGCCAAUUGGCUGGAUUGCAUGCACGGGAAGAAGGCAAGGUGAUGGACAAAGAGAAGGAAGGGGAGGAAGGAGACAUAGGGGAGGAAUUGGAGGAAGGAGGGGAGGAAGGGGAGGGAGAAGAGGAUGAAGGGGAGGAAGGAGAGGAAGGGGAAGAAACGGAGUUGGCUGGGUUGCUAGGAGGGAAUGAUGGGGAAAAAGGUGAACUCAAAACUGGAAACGACGAACAGACAUUCGGCGACGACGAUGACAGAUCUGGAGAGUCGUCUGACGGAUUCGGGCAGUUGUACGGAGAACAUCGCGAGGAAGACGACGACGACGAUGACAUGGCACUGGGUAUGGAGACACAGGUAGUCACAAGCCUUUCGGCAGAACGUGAUGACUAUGAGGUUGAAGCAAUGACGUCUGCCCUCGAUCUCCAACAACGGUUUAACGACGCUAGUGUUGCGGCCAGCCUGAAUAAACCGAGUGUGCGUAUUGACAUCGAAGAAGUUAUUAAUGACAUCCUGGGCAACCACCACAUGUCCGCGCAACCGUCCUCUACGCCUGGUGUCGACGAACCUCUCGACGUCAAACCUUCCGGGGGAUCUGUCGUGGCUUUGUCACCGACGAACUCUCCGAUGCUGCCGCCGACCAUCGCCAGCGGAGGAGAAGGCGAGAUCGGGGGACGACAAGAUGUCACAUCCCCGAAAAAAACUGCCACCGGCACUCGAGCUCUCGACGUGAUGUUCUGUUCUUGGCUCGAUUUUUCAAUAUUCUUUUUCGGCCGAGGCCCUUUUUCGACCAAAGUUGGUCACGACCGACUUUUUCGGUCGCAGCGGCCGAAAUACCCGCGGCCUAGGCCGCGUGUGUCACGUAUGUGACACAUGAAGAUUAACAAAAGACCGCAUUCCGA